GCCUUUGGCUGCUACAACUGCUGCUUGUGGUGUUCUCAACGAGAAGGAAUCGAGGAUGUGCGGAGGAGCGAUCGUCUCCGACUUCAUUCCGACAGCCAGGUCGCGGCGGGUCACCGACGCCGACCUUCUGUGGGCGAAUCUGAAGAAGGGUGGAUCGAAGAAGAAGAGGGGCAGCCGUCGCUGCGCCGUGGAGGAGACGGAGGACGACUUCGAGGCCGACUUCCAGGAGUUCGACAACGAGUCAGGCAAGUCGGAGGAAAACGACGAGGCGGAGCUCGUCGACGUUCAGUUCUCUGCUUUCCCUCCCAAAGAUGGACAAAUGACUUUCAAACCUGUAGGAUUUGAUGGACCUGCAAUGAGGUGUGCUAAGAGGAAGAGAAAGAACCAGUAUAGAGGAAUCCGUCAGCGUCCUUGGGGGAAAUGGGCAGCUGAAAUUAGAGAUCCUCGCAAGGGUGUACGCGUCUGGCUCGGGACAUUCAACACUGCUGAAGAAGCUGCAAGAGCUUAUGAUGCAGAAGCCCGUAGGAUCCGUGGCAAGAAAGCCAAGGUGAACUUCCCUGAUGAGGCACCAAUUCCUCAAAAGUGCCUUGUGAGACUAACUGCAGCAGAAGCACCAAACUCAAACCCAAGAGAUACCUUCAACUCUAACCAUUCUUUCACUUACCUGAAUGACACCAAUCAAGAUUUCCACCCAGAUAUUGAUUUGUUCGACGAAAAGGUGGCCAUCAAGGAAUGUAUGAAUCCAAAUUCCUUCACCGAGAUAAAACCAGCUGUGCCUACUGAAGAACCUGGGAUCAAUAUGUUCUUUGAUCAGGGAAGUAACAUUUUAGGUUAUUCUGAACAUGGUUGGGAACAUGAGUUUAAAACUGCAGCCAUCACAACAAUUCUUGAGCCAACCAUAACUGAAUCUGAAAAUUUCGCAUGCCUAGAAGAUGGUGGUCCACCGAAGAAACUCAAGAACAAUGCAGGAGAGGCAGUACCUACCGAGGAGAACGAUGCUGUCGAACUAUCUGAAGAAUUUUCUACUUUCGAGUCAUUCAUGAAGUUUCUGCACAUACCUUCUCUUGAGGCCAGCACAGAUGAUUCGAUCGAUAGCUUCCUCAAUUAUGAUGUGAUUCAGGAGGAAAGUGGUGUGGACCUGUGGAGCUUCAAUGACCUGCCACUAAUUGCAGGCAGCAUAUACCGAGGGACCUUGAAUUAUGGCUAAUUGUCUUCUGUAAACAAGGUACGAGCAUCAUUUGGAAUUUCAACUAUUUAUCAUGCUGUCAUUCUUGUUUAUCUAUCGUUUGAACUACAUGUUACUUUUUUCCACGUUCGAGGAACUUGUGUCGACGAAGGAUAUGUUGAACCAGGGUUGUCCUCUAGGAUGAUCUAAUGAACCUUUGAUUUAUGCUACUAUCUAUCGCCACUAUUUAUGUCUAUUGUCUGCUCUGUUGCCAUGUAAAGUGUUUCCCUCUAGAAUUCAGGGUUCUAUGUUGGCAUGUUGUUACUAUAAAAGAUGCUCUGGAGAUGAUGGUUCUUGUGCUUAAGCUUAUUUGCUUCGAUA